AUGAGGCCAUCUUCCUCCGCUUUACGCGGUGAUAACUAGUUCUUCUUAAAGUCUUUUAGCGUAUAACUUAUGUUUCCUAUAUCAUUUCGAAAUUUAUAAAAAAUAGUAUUUAAGAAUAAAUUGGUAAAAAUGAAGGUUUAAAACGAGUUGUUGUACUUACUUAAAGGAGCUUUGAGUGCGCAGUGAUCUGUGUUUGAGGUUCCGUAAAGCGGUUUCCGCUCUCUCCGUUCCUUUUCCUCCGCUAAAAGGUAACGUGGUCGCCUCGGCUGCUAGUAGCCGGUUAUUAAAUUAGAUUUGUUCUGUGUUUUUGCUUGUAUUUAUCGACCGGAAUCAAUAUAAGGUUGUUGUGUGCAUCGCUAUUUACACCCAUGCUGUGUAGAAUGGUGUUGUAAAGUGUAUAAAAUGGAGAAUGUGUGAACACGUCUCUCCCCGUGGAGGCCUCAUCGUGCUGCUCUUAGCUGAAGAGCUAGCUUUAGCAAACUGCUUCAAUGAGACAACCCUGUCUUCUAGGAAUAAUAGCACACUGCAGUUGGACUCUGUUUAGUUAUAUUUCUAGUAAUCGGCUCGUAAUAACCCACUGUCUAGUGCCGAAGUUAUUAAAUUUAGUGUGCAUGUUGUCGUGGUAACAGAAAUUGUCAGCUAACUAAAUGGUAGCAACAUCGCUGACGCUUGUCACACGUAAAUAGCUGUCAGGUUUUACUUUAUUGUGAGUUUUUCCACUAACACGUGGCUCUGUUCUGUCCAGGUUCAUCAUGUCGUCCCAUUUGCAGUGGAUGGUCAUCAGGAACUGUUCCAGUUUCCUCAUCAAGAGGAACGGACAGACCUACAGCACUGUGAGUACUCCAUCUGUCUCUGCUUCACCAGACCUGGACAGUCUAUGAGGACUGUAACCAGGGCUUAAGUACAGUCUGUGGUGUUUUAAAGAGACCAAACAUAUGCUGUUUUAUUGUAAGAUUGUCGUGAUUAACUGAGAUUGCAGAAGACAACCAAAAUGAGCCUGCUGUCACAGGAUAACACCACUGAUGUUUGGAGAGUAGAAAUGUGUGUAAUUGUGUGUCUGUCAGAUUACCCCCCAUUGUGACAUACCUGUUGUAUUUGUGUUGCAGGAGCCCAACAAUCUGAAGGCCAGGAACUCUUUCCGCUUCAACGGUUUGGUCCACAAGAAGACUGUAGGUGUUCAGCCCGCAGCUGACGGCAAGGGAGUCGUGGUGGUGCUGAAGAAGCGUGCAGGUAAUUGUUUUCCUGCGUUUUGCUGUGUAAAAAGUUCAUGCCAUGUUGACACAAAGUAAAGGCUGAUAGAAAAAACGAAUUGUCAGGUGAGACAGAUGUGAGAAGUAUAAUCGUGCUUUCUGCACAGGAAAGGAACAGCCAUGUGUUGUUGUUUUUAAGGAGAAAAGCCUCCAUUUGUUGGUGUUUUGCUUAAUUUUGUCGUCCUGAAUUUUGAUGAGGUUCUGGUGAAGUUGUUCCUGAUCUGAAUAUCAUAAAGCUUUAGGUUGCAGCCUUUUUAAUUUUACAUCAUUUGUAUCAUAUCAUAUGCGUUGGAUUGCUGGGAUUUUCCAGUGUGCUGUAGAGCUGCAAGACUGAAAAGCAAAUCUGUUAUUGGUUUGAAUAUCAUGUUUUGUUGCCUCAAUCCCUAGGCCAGAACAAACCUGCCACUUCUUAUGAGAAGAUCACCAUCAACAAGAACUCCCGCGCCACCCUUAACAGCGUGAGGCACAUCAUCAGCAAGAACAAGUACAGGAAGGACCUGCGCAUGGUGAGCUCAGGCUGUGUUGUACACUGUAGAGUUUUGUAUUUUGUGACCUCAUAGGCGCGUGUGGUCCCUUUAUUCUGACUCUUUAUUCAAGUCCAACAUUUGUUUUCCAGGCUGCCCUGCGUCGUGCCAGUGCCAUUCUGAGGAGCCAGAAGCCUGUUGUGGUAAAAAAGAAGCGCACCAGGGCUGCAAAGACCGCAUAA